AACUGGUUCCACGAUGAGCUGAAGAACCUCGAGAAAUUCUCAAUUUUAUCACUAAGUUUAUCCCAAAAUGUGGCUCUACAGACUUCUUCUAGGCUUUAUACACUUUAUUUUAUAUAUUAGGUUCAUAAUAUCAGCAAUCGCGUUGAAAAUACAGUUGUUAGCGACCGGUGUAUUCGGUUCGCGUGGCACUUCAUUGUCAGAGAUUCAUUUGCAUUCGAAAAAUUUCACCAAGCUCCCACUACACAUUAGUUUUCUGGUAUUAGAACCAGAAAUAAGUUUUGAAGAUGUGGCAAAACUUAUCGUCUGGUCUAUGGCUAUGGGGAUCUCAUACAUUAGUAUAUACGACAGAAAAGGUGUUUUUAAAAAGAAGGCUGCGAAAUUAUCCACUGAAGUCAUACACAAGCAGAAAGAGAUUUUUAAUGACGCAAAAGAGAGAUAUACUUUUGUCAUUCGAACCAAGAGUACAAAGUUCGACCAGACGUUAGCUCCAAAACAAGUAUGUAUAAGCCUUCUUUCUGAGGCAGAUGGAAAAGAAGAUAUCAUAGAAGCAGCCCAAGAUUUUUGUUUAGAAAUUCAAAGAAAAGAAACUUUGCCUAAGCAUAUGAAUGAAGAUGUAUUUGACCAAAUGCUCAAAGCAACCCAUGGUACUCCAGAUACAGACUUAGCGUUAAAAUUUGGCAAUGUUCCAAUGUUGAUGGGAUACUUACCUUGGCAGACAAGGCUAACAGAAUUCAUAUCCUAUAGAACCCAUCACGCUAUAACCUUUUCAACUUAUCUAGGAAGUCUAAGACAAUAUGACCGCUGUGAAAAACGAUUUGGGAAAUAAAACUUUMACAAAAUAACAAACUUGUAAUAUAGAAAUUGAAAUAAAUAUCAAAUAUUGUUUUUGAUUUUUA